CAGCCCUCCUAUCGGUGUAGAUCUUAGGGUAACGAGUGCUCUCUGUGCCCGUUGAUUAAAACCCAAAUACAUUCAGUCAGAAGGCUGGGUACUGGAAAGGAAGACCGUAUAAGGGGGGGCCUGGAGUGGCUGAGAGAAGAGGAUAAACACCCCUCACUUAUGGCUGUUUAGUGCAAUUAUCCAUAACACAGGGAUUGUGGAAGGGACGUUAUUUAAAAUCACUUGAAGUCGCCCAAGUUGUGUUCGCUUUUGUGGGCGCAGACCAUGGAGAUACAAAAGCGGUCCACAAGGUGGAAAACGAAAAGGUGGAUUAUGGAUUCCACUGUAACCACAUUCAUCACUUUAACCCUGGUUGUGCAGGCUACCUAUGUCAGAGCAGCUGAACCAGUGGAUGUGCUGAAAGUAUUAGACUUUCACAAUUCCCCCGAAAGAGUUAGGAAAACAUCAGGAUUUUGCACAUACCGAAGAGCAUCUGAGCCGGACACAGCCUACAGAGUUGGAAAGCAAGCCCAGAUCAGUGCCCCCACCAAGCAGCUUUUCCCAGGGGGUGUGUUCCCUGAAGACUUCUCCGUCCUGACCACCCUCAGGCCCAAGGCCGGCCUCCAGUCCUUCCUGCUGUCUGUUUACAGUGAGCAGGGCGUGCAGCAGCUGGGGGUGGAGGUGGGACGCUCACCCGUCUUCCUGUAUGAGGACCAGAGCGGCAAGCCCGCCCCUGAGGACUACCCCCUGUUCCGCUCUCUCAACCUGGCCGACGGAAAGUGGCAUCGUGUGGCCAUCAGUGUGGAGAAGAAGACGGUCACCAUCAUCGUGGACUGUAAACAGAAGAUCACCAAACCCCUCCUCAGGAGUGACCGUGCCUCCAUCAACACCAACGGCAUCACCGUGUUCGGAACCAGGAUCCUUGACGAGAACGUCUUCCAGGGUGACAUCCAGCAGCUGCUGAUUGUGGCCGAUCCUAAUUCAGCUUAUGACUACUGUGAACACUACAGCCCCGACUGUGAAACUCCCCACGGCCGCUCCUUACAGGCCCAGCAGCCUGAAGACCAGUACACUACUACUGAUGCCUUAGAUUACAGUCAGUUUUAUGAUUACUCUGAAGUAGAAGGAGAGACAGAGACUGUUCCAACAGACGACUAUGAGGCCGGUAGUGACCCACAGGCAGAGGAGGAGGAGAUGGUUGCCGGUGACUACGUGGUCACUGGAGCUGCCCCACUGGGUCAGGACACCCCCGCCGCCCCCCAGGCUGGCCUGGACAGUGUGGACCCUGGAGUGGACGAGUAUGACUUUAAGGAGUAUGACCUAGGAGGCGAGUUGGACAAUAAGCAGUAUGAGUACGGGGUGUAUGAUGAGAAUGGCAAUGAGCUACCCAACCCCACUGUUACCGUGGGUGAAGAGGUGGGGCUGGGGGUUCCCGCGGAAACGGAGGAACUCACCCAGACUGCCGUGGCUGGUGGUGGGGAGAAAGGCGAGAAGGGAGAACCCGCUGUGAUUGAACCUGGCAUGCUGAUUGAAGGCCCUCCUGGACCUGCAGGCCCAGCUGGUCUCCCAGGCCCCUCGGGGCUACAUGGACCCCAUGGUGUUGCUGGAGAUCCGGGUGACAGGGGUGCCGCAGGGCGGGCUGGUCUUGCAGGAGCCGACGGUUUGCCAGGUUCUCCUGGUACCAUGUUGAUGCUGCCAUUCCGUUUCGGAGGGGAUGGAGAGAAGGGUCCUGUGGUGUCUGCUCAAGAGGCCCAGGCACAGGCUAUUCUCUCCCAGGCCAGACUCGCCAUGAGAGGUCCCUCAGGUCCAAUGGGUCUCACAGGAAGAUCUGGUCCCGUGGGUGUUCCUGGUUCUUCUGGUCUUAAAGGUGAUGCCGGAGACCCUGGUCCUCAGGGCUCCAGGGGAGUCCAAGGGUCUGCAGGACAAAUAGGCAAAUCUGGCAAGAGGGGUCGUGGUGGAGCCGGGGGCGCCCGAGGAAUGCCUGGAGAGUCAGGGUCUAAGGGAGACGGAGGCUUCGAUGGCCUACCCGGCCUACCUGGUAACAAGGGUCACAGGGGGGAGACAGGAUCAAUUGGACCUCCUGGAGCCCCUGGAGAGGACGGACAAAGAGGCGAGGAUGGAGAAAUCGGGCCAAGGGGAUUGGCGGGAGAGAGCGGUCCUAGAGGUCUGCUUGGGCCAAACGGUCCACCUGGGCCCACUGGACAGCCUGGUGUAGCUGGAGUGGACGGUCCUCACGGUCCCAAAGGAAACAUGGGACCUCAAGGAGAGCCGGGACCACCGGGUCAGCAGGGGAUCCCAGGGACACAAGGACUUCCUGGUCCUCAAGGUCCAAUCGGACCACCCGGUGAAAGAGGGCCUCACGGCAGAUCGGGGUUGGCCGGAUUACCUGGAUCAGAUGGGCCUCCUGGCCAUCCUGGUAAAGAAGGUCCAACUGGUGAGAAGGGAGCUUACGGCCAGGCAGGUUCCCCAGGUCUUAUUGGUUAUCCCGGUCAUCGUGGUGUCAAGGGUGCUGAUGGCGUUCGUGGGCUGAAGGGUGGAAAGGGAGAGAAGGGUGAGGACGGUUUCCCUGGUUUCAAGGGAGACAUGGGUCUCAAAGGUGACAGGGGUGAGCUUGGUAUGCUUGGGCCCCGUGGUGAGGAAGGACCUGAGGGUCCUAAGGGAAGAGCAGGACCCAACGGAGAGUCUGGCUCCAUGGGGGGUGCUGGAGAGAAGGGAAAACUGGGUGUUCCAGGGUUACCCGGCUACCCAGGAAGACAAGGACCAAAGGGUUCCAGCGGCUUCCCAGGCUUCCCAGGGUCCAACGGAGAGAAAGGAGCCAGGGGCGUUGCGGGCAAAACCGGUCCAAGGGGACAAAGAGGUCCAACAGGGCCACGAGGUGGUCGGGGUGCUAGAGGUUCAACAGGCAAGCCAGGACCUAAGGGCACCGCGGGCAACGAUGGCCCACCUGGCCCGCCUGGUGAGAGAGGACCUCAAGGACCACAGGGCCCCGUCGGGUUCUCAGGACCAAAGGGCCCCCCUGGACCACCUGGGAAAGACGGGUUGCCCGGACACCCUGGGCAGCGAGGAGAGACGGGAUUCCAAGGAAAGACAGGUCCACCCGGCCCAGGAGGAGUUGUUGGUCCUCAGGGCCCCACAGGAGAGACCGGUCCAAUCGGUGACAGAGGUCACCCUGGAUCCCCAGGACCACCCGGAGAGCAGGGUCUUCCUGGCUCUGCUGGCAAAGAGGGAGCCAAGGGAGACCCCGGUCCCCAGGGAGCCUCCGGUAAGGACGGUCCCGCUGGUCUACGAGGAUUCCCAGGAGAGAGAGGUCUGCCCGGCGCGUCGGGUCCAGCUGGUUUGAAGGGAGGAGAAGGACCUCAGGGUCCAUCAGGCCCCGUGGGCUCCCCUGGUGAGAGAGGUGGUGCUGGACCUGCUGGCCCAAUCGGUCUGUCUGGUAGAACUGGCUCUCAGGGGCCCCCAGGGCCUGCUGGAGAGAAGGGAGGGCCUGGCGAGAAAGGUCCCCAGGGACCAUCUGGCCGUGACGGAGUCCAAGGCCAAGUGGGUCUGCCUGGCCCUGCCGGACCUCAGGGUCCACCCGGAGAGGACGGAGACAAGGGAGAGGUUGGAGAGCCAGGUCAGAAGGGAAGCAAAGCAGACAAGGGUGAACAGGGUCCUCCCGGGCCAGCUGGUCUCCAGGGACCCAUUGGUGCUCCUGGACCUGCAGGAGGUGAUGGAGAGCCCGGUCCCAGGGGUCAGCAGGGGAUGUUCGGACAGAAGGGAGACGAAGGAUCCAGAGGUUUCCCCGGGCCCCCUGGCCCCAUCGGUCUGCAGGGUCUUCCUGGACCUCCAGGCGAGAAGGGGGAGAAUGGCGACGUCGGUCCGAUGGGUCCUCCCGGCCCCCCUGGUCCCAGAGGUACCCAAGGUCCUAGUGGAGCUGAUGGUGCACAAGGUCCUCCUGGUGGUGUGGGUGCUAUGGGAGGCGUGGGUGAGAAGGGUGAAAACGGUGAAGCUGGCAACCCUGGAACCCCUGGAGAGCCUGGAACUGGAGGACCUGAAGGCGAGAGAGGAGACAAAGGAGAGGCAGGACCCCCUGGAGACGACGGACCCGCAGGCGCCAAAGGACCCCCUGGAGACGAUGGACCCAAGGGAAAUCCUGGGCCGGUUGGUUUCCCUGGAGACCCUGGUCCACCUGGUGAAGCCGGUGUUGCUGGAACUGAUGGCUCUGCAGGAGAAAAAGGAGAGGAUGGUGAAUCUGGUCAACCUGGUCCCCCUGGUCCAUCUGGUGAAUCUGGUCCCCCUGGUCCCCCCGGCAAGAGAGGCCCCCCAGGAUCUGCCGGUACAGAGGGUAGACAAGGAGAGAAGGGCACCAAGGGUGAGUCUGGAGCCGAGGGACCCCCAGGUAAAGCUGGCCCCGUCGGCCCACAGGGGCCCUCGGGAAAGACAGGUCCAGAAGGUCUGCGUGGAAUCCCCGGCCCCGUUGGUGAACAAGGACUUCCUGGUUCUUCUGGACAAGACGGCCCACCUGGACCUAUGGGACCCCCUGGUCUCCCAGGUCUGAAGGGUGACCCCGGCACCAAGGGUGAAAAGGGUCAUCCAGGUCUGAUCGGUCUGAUUGGACCCCCUGGCGAGCAGGGAGAGAAGGGAGAUGGAGGCCUGCCUGGACCCCAGGGUUCUCACGGAGGCAAGGGCGACGGUGGUAUCAGUGGAGCUUCAGGUCCUCUCGGUCCCCCUGGCCCUCCUGGUCUGCCUGGCCCUGGAGGUCCUAAGGGAGCUAAGGGUUCAUCGGGUCCUGCUGGUCAGAAGGGAGACACCGGUACGAUUGGUUCACCUGGUCCUCCUGGUCCCCCUGGUGAGGUGAUCCAGCCACUGCCCAUCCAGUCGCCCAAGAUGAACCACAGACAUGCAGACAUGCAGGCGGACGCAGCGGCUACCAUGAUGGACUACGGAGAGGGCAUGGAGGACAUCUUUGGCUCGCUCAACAACCUCAAACAGGACAUGGAGAGGAUGAAGUACCCCAUGGGCACACAGAACAACCCAGCCAGGACCUGCAAAGACCUGCAGCUCGCCCACCCAGAGUUCACCAACGGCGAGUACUGGAUAGAUCCUAACCAGGGAUGUUCAGGGGACUCGUUCUCUGUCCACUGUAACUUCACGGCUGGAGGAGAGACCUGCAUCUUCCCAGAUAACAAGUUCAGAGGAGUCAGAAUAUCUUCAUGGCCCAAAGAACUUCCAGGGUCGUGGUUCAGUGAAUUUGAGCAUGGUAAAAUAUUUUCAUACGUUGACGCAGCCGGUAACACAAUAAGUGAAGUUCAGAUGACCUUCCUGAAACUACUGACUGCAUCGGCCAGGCAGAACUUCACCUAUAGCUGCCACCAGUCUGUGGUGUGGCACGAUGAGACCGCAGACAGUUACGACAAGGCGCUGCGAUUCCUAGGAUCUAACGAUGAGGAGAUGUCCUACGACAGCAACCCUUACGUCAGGGCCCUCACAGACGGAUGUGCGACGAGGAAGGGCUACGGAAAGACUGUGAUGGAGAUUAAUACUCCCAAGAUCGAUCAGGUUCCCAUCAUUGAUGUCAUGUUGAAUGACUUUGGAGAUGCCAGCCAGAAGUUUGGAUUUGAAGUGGGUCCAGUCUGCUUCCUUGGCUAACCGCUUCCUUGGCUAACCGCUUCCCUGGCUAACAUAAAAAACAGUUGGCGGGGUCAGCAAAAAAGUCAAGACAUUUUGGAUACCAACAACCCCAACCAAGCCCCCCAGCCCAGCAACCAAACUCCUCAACCCAGCCCCCCACCCUUUCCCAUACCACCUAACCCCAGUACCCAGCCCCCUCACCUGUUUCCAUACCACCUAACCCCGGUACCCAGCCCCUCACCUGUUUCCAUACCACCUAACCCCAGUACCCAGCCCCCUCACCUGUUUCCAUACCACCUAACCCCGGUACCCAGCCCCUCACCUGUUUCUAUACCACCUAACCCCGGUACCCAGCCCCUCACCUGUUUCCAUACCACCUAACCCCGGUACCCAGCCCCCUCACCUGUUUCCAUACCACCUAACCCCGGUACCCAGCCCCCUCACCUGUUUCCAUACCACCUAACCCCGGUACCCAGCCCCCUCACCUGUUUCUAUACCACCUAACCCCGGUACCCAGCCCCUCACCUGUUUCUAUACCACCUAACCCGGGUACCCAGCCCCCUCACCUGUUUCCAUACCACCUAACCCCGGUACCCAGCCCCUCACCUGUUUCUAUACCACCUAACCCGGGUACCCAGCCCCCUCACCUGUUUCCAUACCAUCUAACCCUGGUACCCAGCCCCCUCACCUGUUUCCAUACCACCUAACCCCAGUCCCCAGCCCCCUCACCUGUUUCCAUACCAUCUAACCCCGGUACCCAGCCCCCUCACCUGUUUCCAUACCAUCUCACCCCGGUACCCAGUCCCCUCACCUGUUUCCAUACCAUCUAACCCCGGUACCCAGCCCCCUCACCUGUUUCCAUACCACCUAACCCGGGUACCCAGCUCCCUCACCUGUUUCCAUACCAUCUAACCCCGGUACCCAGCCCCCUCACCUGUUUCCAUACCACCUAACCCCGGUACCCAGCCCCCUCACCUGUUUCUAUACCACCUAGCCCGGGUACCCAGCCCCCUCACCUGUUUCCAUACCAUCUAACCCCGGUACCCAGCUCCCUCACCUGUUUCCAUACCACCUAACCCCGGUACCCAGCCCCCUCACCUGUUUCCAUACCACCUAACCCCGGUACCCAGCCCCCUCACCUGUUUCUAUACCACCUAACCCCGGUACCCAGCCCCUCACCUGUUUCUAUACCACCUAACCCGGGUACCCAGCCCCCUCACCUGUUUCCAUACCACCUAACCCCGGUACCCAGCCCCUCACCUGUUUCUAUACCACCUAACCCGGGUACCCAGCCCCCUCACCUGUUUCCAUACCAUCUAACCCUGGUACCCAGCCCCCUCACCUGUUUCCAUACCACCUAACCCCAGUCCCCAGCCCCCUCACCUGUUUCCAUACCAUCUAACCCCGGUACCCAGCCCCCUCACCUGUUUCCAUACCAUCUCACCCCGGUACCCAGUCCCCUCACCUGUUUCCAUACCAUCUAACCCCGGUACCCAGCCCCCUCACCUGUUUCCAUACCACCUAACCCGGGUACCCAGCUCCCUCACCUGUUUCCAUACCAUCUAACCCCGGUACCCAGCCCCCUCACCUGUUUCCAUACCACCUAACCCCGGUACCCAGCCCCCUCACCUGUUUCUAUACCACCUAGCCCGGGUACCCAGCCCCCUCACCUGUUUCCAUACCAUCUAACCCCGGUACCCAGCUCCCUCACCUGUUUCCAUACCAUCUAACCCGGGUACCCAGCCCCCUCACCUGUUUCCAUACCAUCUAACCCGGGUACCCAGCCCCUCACCUGUUUCCAUACCACCUAACCCGGGUACCCAGCCCCUCACCUGUUUCCCUACCACCUAACCCGGGUACCCAGCCCCCUCACCUGUUUCCAUACCAUCUAACCCCGGUACCCAGCCCCCUCACCUGUUUCCAUACCACAUGCAAGUUUUGAAUCAGAAAAUUAUGUAGCGAACAGGUUCUUGCCGUGUAUAUAUGUUUUACCAGGACAAGACUUCUUGCCCUUUUAGGGCUAGAAUCACAUGACUUAAACCUGUUGUGGCGCAAAGACGAAGGACAUUUGAAGGUGUUGCAGAGGAAGGUGAACAGGAGAAAAACGAGGGAGAUCGAGCGGCGAGAGAGAAGGAGAGAGACCUCUUUUCUGGAUUCUACAGGUGCUGUACAAAAUUAAAUACCACAAUGGUGUUUGUUCAAAACACACAAAAAUUAAGAGGUGCUAAAAAAGGUGCGUUUUGAUAAUGAAUAAACUUUAAAAAAAAAGAAAAAAAAUUACAAUACUGUUAUUUCUGAAUCCACUUUAAUUUAAAAAUCUGCGUGUGUAUCAGAAUUGCAUCUGGUACAAGAAAAUAUAUAUACACAGUACCAGUCAAAAGUUUAGACACACUGAC